AGACAGUGUAUUUACUUACAUUUUUAUAUCGGUAACUUUAUGCUAAUAUGACAAAAAUUCUGUUAGCUUGCAACGUUGUUAAAUCUCUGAGACAAGGAUGUGUGGUUGGCAGGAGAGUGGGUAACACGUCGGCCUGGCUGAGACUUCAGACUACCAAACUUUUUAGUGUGAAGGCCCAGACUGCCCACCUGGUUUUGGAGGAUGGCACCAGGAUGAAAGGGUUUUCCUUUGGGCACGAUGCCUCAGUAGCAGGGGAACUAGUCUUCAAUACUGGCCUGGUGGGGUAUCCUGAGGCCCUGACUGACCCCAGUUAUAGAGGUCAGAUCCUGACCCUGACUUACCCAAUCGUAGGGAACUAUGGAGUACCCAACACCCAAGAGCUGGAUGAGCUGGGCUUGAGAAAGCAUGUGGAGUCAGAUCGCAUACAGGUGUCCGGUCUUCUGGUUCAAGACUACAGCCAUGAGUACAGCCACUGGAACUCUGUCAAGUCUCUGGGUCAAUGGUUACAAGAAGAGAAGGUUCCUGCGCUGUUUGGGAUAGACACCAGAAUGCUGACCAAGGUCAUCAGAGACAAGGGCACAGUUUUGGGCAAGAUUGAAUUUGACGGGCAGCCUGUUGAAAUAUCUGAUCCCAACCAGAAAAACCUGGUAGCAGAGGUCUCAACCAAGGAAACCAAAAUUUUUGGAAAAGGAAAUCCAAUCAAAGUGGUGGCCGUUGACUGUGGUAUUAAACAUAACAUCAUUCGCCUGCUGGUUAAGAGGGGUGCAGAGGUUCACCUUGUACCAUGGGACCAAGACUUGCUGAGUCUAGAAUACGAUGGCCUGUUCAUCUCCAAUGGACCGGGAGAUCCGUCUCUGGCUAAUACACUCGUCCAGAAUGUCAGCAAGGUGUUGGAAAGUGAUCGUCCCCAGCCAGUGUUUGGAAUCUGUAUGGGAAACCAAAUCACUGCUCUGGCUGCAGGAGCUAUGUCAUAUAAACUACCUAUGGGCAACAGAGGCCAGAACCAGCCAGUGCUGAAUGUGAUGACGGGCCAGGCCUUCAUUACAGCACAGAACCACGGCUACGGAAUAGACAGCGAGUCCCUGCCCCCAGGGUGGAGCCCGCUGUUCAUUAACGCCAAUGAUGGCACCAAUGAGGGCAUCAUGCACAACACAAAACCUGUUUUCACGGCUCAGUUCCACCCGGAGGCUAAAGGUGGUCCCACAGACACAGAGUUCCUCUUUGAUGCCUUCAUAUCCCUGAUCAAGAAAGGAAAGGACGCUAACCUAGUGUCAGUCAUGCCCAAGAAACCCACAAUCCCUCCCAGAGCCCAGGUGUCAAAGGUGCUGGUCCUUGGUUCUGGUGGUCUUUCUAUUGGUCAGGCUGGAGAGUUUGACUAUUCAGGAUCUCAGGCUGUCAAGGCCAUGAAGGAGGAGAAUCUAAAGACAGUGCUCAUGAACCCAAACAUAGCCUCGGUUCAGACCAACGAGGUGGGCACCAAGCAGGCCGACUCAGUCUACUUCCUGCCUGUUACACCACAAUUUGUAACUGAAGUCAUCAAGACCGAGCGUCCAGAUGGCAUCCUGCUCUCCAUGGGUGGACAGACUGCACUCAACUGUGGAGUAGAAUUGUUCCAGCGCGGCGUCCUGGAGAAGUAUGGGGUGAAGGUACUUGGAACCCCAGUGGAGUCCAUCAUGGCCACAGAGGACAGACAGCUUUUUGCUGACAAACUGAUGGAAAUCAAUGAGAAGAUCGCACCAAGUAUCGCUGUUGAGUCGGUGUCUGAUGCCUUGAAAGCAGCAGAGCAGAUUGGCUACCCAGUGAUGUUACGAUCGGCCUAUGCCCUGGGAGGUCUGGGCUCUGGUCUGUGUGCCAACAAAGAAAAGCUCGAGGAAACCGCCCACAAGGCUCUGGCCAUGAGCAGUCAGAUCCUAGUGGAGAAGUCUUUGCUGGGCUGGAAGGAGGUGGAAUAUGAGGUGGUGAGAGACGUGGCUGAUAACUGUGUCACCGUCUGCAACAUGGAGAACUUCGACCCACUGGGCAUUCACACAGGUGAUUCUAUAGUGGUGGCACCAAGCCAGACAUUGUCCAACGAGGAGUACCACAUGCUCCGUGAGACGGCCAUCAAAGUGGUCCGUCACCUUGGCAUUGUAGGUGAAUGCAACAUCCAGUAUGCCCUGCACCCAUCAUCCUUGGAGUACUGCAUCAUUGAGGUCAAUGCCCGGCUCUCGCGAAGCUCAGCUCUGGCAUCCAAAGCCACUGGGUACCCCUUAGCAUUUGUAGCUGCUAAGCUGGCUCUGGGAAUCCCCCUACCAGAGAUAAAGAAUGCUGUAUCGGAGAAGACCACCGCCUGCUUCGAACCCAGUCUAGACUACAUCGUCACCAAGAUCCCCCGCUGGGACCUGGACCGCUUUCAGGGCAUGUCCCGUGAAAUAGGCAGUGCCAUGAAGAGUGUUGGAGAGGUGAUGGCAGUCGGCCGGACCUUUGAGGAAAGUGUGCAGAAGGCCCUGAGGAUGUGUCAUCCAUCAGUGGAUGGCUUCGUGCCCCGGCUGCCACUCAAGAAAGCCUGGGCUGACACCCAGGACCUGCAACAGGAGCUGGCUGUGCCCUCCAGCACCCGCAUCUUCUCCCUCGCCAAGGCCCUUCACAGUGGUGUGAGUGUGGAUCAGAUUCACCAGCUGACUGCCAUAGACAAGUGGUUCCUCCACAAACUCCACAGGAUAACACAGCUGGAGCAACACCUGUCAAACUACAAGAGUGGCACAGUACCCAAGGGGCUGCUGCUGAAGGCCAAGCAGGAUGGCUUCUCAGACCGGCAGGUUGGUCAGAUUCUUGGCUCCAGUGAGAGAGCAGCCAGAGAGCUGCGGCUCACUCAUGGUAUUCGACCCUGGGUCAAACAGAUUGACACCUUGGCAGCAGAGUACCCAGCUAUGACCAACUAUCUGUAUUGUACCUAUCAUGGUCAGGAACACGAUCUGGACUUUAAAGACCAGGGAAUUAUGGUUCUUGGUUGUGGGCCUUACCACAUUGGGAGUAGUGUUGAGUUUGACUGGUGUGCAGUGUCCAGCAUCAGAGCCUUGAGACAGAUGGGCAAGAAGACAGUGGUGGUAAACCACAACCCUGAAACAGUCAGCACUGAUUUUGAUGAGUGUGACCGCCUUUAUUUUGAAGAGCUGACCCUGGAACGCAUCCUGGACAUCACCCAACAAGAGGGUUGCUCCGGCAGCAUUGUGUCAGUGGGAGGCCAGAUCCCCAACAAUCUGGCUGUCCCGUUGCACCAGAGUGGGAUCAAGAUUCUUGGGACAAGCCCCCUGCAGAUUGACCGGGCUGAGGAGCGCUCCAUCUUUUCCAGUGUCCUAGAUGACCUCGGGGUGGCCCAAGCCCCAUGGAGGGCGCUCAGUUCUCUGGAAGAUGCCUUUGCGUUUGCCAACCAAGUGGGCUAUCCCUGUCUGCUCCGUCCCUCCUAUGUUCUCAGUGGCUCUGCAAUGAACGUUGUGUACGGAGAAGAGGAGAUGAAACGUUUCUUAGAGGAGGCUGCUCAGGUGUCCCAGGAGCAUCCAGUUGUCAUCACCAAGUUCAUCCGUGGUGCCCGGGAGGUAGAGGUGGAUGCUGUUGCCAAAGCUGGCAAGGUUCUGGUCCAUGCCAUAACAGAGCACGUGGAGGACGCUGGGGUUCACUCAGGAGAUGCCACCCUAAUGCUACCAACCCAGACUAUUAGCCAGGGGGCACUAGAAAAGGUUAAGACUGCCACCCGCAAAAUUGCACAAGCUUUUGAAAUUUCAGGACCCUUUAACACUCAGUUUCUGGUUAAAGGCAAUGAUGUCAUGGUGAUAGAGUGUAAUCUGCGGGCGUCACGCUCCUUCCCUUUUGUAUCAAAAACAAUCAGCGUGGACUUUAUCAAUGUGGCAACCAAAGUGAUGGUGGGAGAGCCUUUGGAUGAGGCCAGCCUGCCCUCGCUGGAGAAACCCAUCAUUCCCGUAGACUAUGUUGGCAUCAAGGCACCAAUGUUCUCCUGGCCACGACUGAGGGAUGCAGACCCUGUGCUUCGCUGUGAGAUGGCCUCCACUGGAGAAGUGGCUUGUUUUGGACCAAACAUUUAUUCAGCCUUCCUGAAAGCUAUGCUCUCCACAGGCUUCAAGCUGCCACAGAAGGGGAUCCUUAUUGGGAUUCAGCAUUCGUUCCGACCCAAUUUCCUGGCCACAGCACACCAACUAAAAGAGGAGGGCUUCAAGCUCUAUGCUACUGAAGCCACUUCUGCCUGGCUGUGCGCCAAUGAUGUACCUGCCACUCCAGUCGCCUGGCCCACUGAGAAGGGUGAAAACACCAGUUUGCCUAGUAUUAAGAGACUGAUCAACGAGGGUCAUAUUGACCUGGUGGUCAACUUGCCCAAUAACAACACUCGCCACCUAAAGGACAACUUCCUCAUCCGCAGAAUGGCUGUCGACCACGGUGUUCCACUCAUCACAAAUUACCAGGUGGUGAAGCUGUUUGCUGAAGCUAUUCACUACGCAGGUGAGCUUGACACUACCAGUCUCUUUCACUACCGGCAGAAAGAAAGCCAACAAAGAGAGGCUAGCCAGCAGGGCUAGAGCUUUGUCCCCUUACCCUCAUUCCCCUUUGGUUCCCUUUGUAAAACAGAAGUUUUAAGUGGCAACAAAUUUUUGUAAUAUACUUUCUUAAAUAUUCCUUGUAUCUGUUUUCCCAUCCUAUGGUGUCAAGAAGGUGUUUUAGUUAUUUUGGUGGCAGUACUUACAGUCUGGUGUGAGUUACUUAGACCAAAACAUAAUAACUAACAAUGUUUUAUACCAGUAUCUAAGCAAAGCUAGGCAAAUGUAUUUGUAUAGCACAUUAUCAUACACAGAGGUCAUUGAAUGUGCUUAACAGAAAUAAAAGCAUAAAAAAUAUUGUUGGUCAGUAAUUAGCUAAUGUUUUAUAGAUUAGUUGUAAACUAUUAACAAACAACUUUUGUGUUGCUGGAUGAUGAAAAAUCUCUGUGUGGUCUUCUUCCUCCAGCAGGACAUUAAUUAUUGUAAGACCCCUUCCUUACUUAAAGUUUGCAGCUGUAAAUGUUAAUCAGCUGUUAAAAAUGAACUGUGGACCAGAUGGUCUACAGAUCUUUCCCAAAAGGUCAUUGUCAAACAGGUACCAUGCUGGAGGAGGAUAAACACCAGGCCAAAGAGAUUUUUACAAGCUGGUAGUCCAAAAGUUUUUCUUAUUAAUGGCUUAUAAGUGAACUAUAAAGCAUUUAGUGAAUGAAUUAUUAGGUAAUAAAAAUCUUUAGAUAAAGGAUAUAAACCCCCAAUAAAAGAUGACUUAUCAUAAAAUGGUACCAGAGAAUGUAAUUACACUGCCUUUUAUCACUCAAGUAAAUCCCUAAGGAUGAUGUUGCAGUGGUUGUGGGUUUUUGCUUUUGUUAUUUCACUUUCGUUAUGGUCAGUGGUUUAUAUUCUUUGUUUUACAUUAGAUUUUUGGGCAAUUUGAUGCAAUGACUCUUUGAUUUUACCAAUGGUAAAUGCCAUUUUACUAAUUUGAGCUCAUUCAUAUAUUUAAAAAUGGUGUUGAUACUGAACAUGUACUAUAUGAAUGACUUUUAAAGAUGUAGAUGAGUUGCAAUUAAUCAUUGUGCAUUUUAUGAUAAGAAACUUUUAUUUUUCAAGAGCUCCAGCCUCAUACGCUACCUUUAAAGUUUGACGUUGAUGACAACUGAUCUUUUUAUAUUUUAUAUAUACAUAUUUAUGUGUGUAUAUACUGUAAUUUUUCAAACUGAGUCUGCAUUUGAACCUGCUCUGCAUUUUAAAAGAUAACACUAUAAGUACAUUUAGCUAUGUACAGAAGAAUUCGAUCACUUUGUUGUUGUUUUGUUCAUGUUUGUGCUAUGUAAGAAUC